AUGCCUGCUGACCUCCACCCGGCCGAGCUCUCGGCGUUCCUCAUGGAAGGCCUCCUCGACUACACGUCGGGCUUUGCGUCCGACGACUCGAACGAAGCCGAGAUCUUCUUCGAGGACUUUAUCAAGUCGGACGUGGCGUCGCCGGCGCCGUCGGACGACAGCAGCCGCGCGCCCGAGUACCUCGAGCACACGACCAAGUACAUGGAGAAGCUCUACACGAUGCUCGAGCAGUCGCCCGAGUCGAUUGCGGCGUGGACCAACAAUGGCACGUCGUUUGCGAUUUUCGACAACGCGGCCUUUGAGAAGAGCAUCAUCCCGAUGUACUUCAAGCCCAUCAAGUUUGAGAGCUUUGCGCGCCAGCUCAACUCGUACGGCUUCCGCAAGAUGAAGUACUUUGCCAACAACAUUGUCGUGUACGAGUUCCGCCACCCGCACUUUGUGCGCGGCAAGUCGGACCAGCUGCUCACGAUCAAGCGCCGCCGCCGCGUCAAGAAGGUCGAGACCAAGCUCCCGGCCGAGCCGACGACCGACGCCGAGCUCCGCUCGACAAUUCGCGAGCUCUCGUCGUUUGUCCAGACGCUGCACUCGGAGCUCCUCGACACGAAGGCCCUCGUGCGCACACUCCUUGACGAGCGCAACCAGAUGCAGCAGCAGGCACAGCGCAGCAACAACUCGGUCUUCUCGCUGUGAGACGACGACUUGCUAGCUAGCUAGUCUCUAUUUAUUCGACGACGAUACUACGUACGCUUGCCGCCUCUGUACCAUCAAUACAAUCCGAAUCUCUCA